AUGGAAACAAAAUCUUUGAAAGAUAUGAAUUUACCAUCAUAUGGAACUGAUCGUUAUUUAACUUUGCACAUAGUUUGUUCUUCAAAUGGUUCGUCUGUGAUAAGUCAAGAGUUAUUAGAAAAAUACUUUUCAUCCUAUGGUCGUAUAUUAGAAAAACGAUAUCAUUCAUCAGAUAUUACUUCAUUAACAUUUCUAGAAUGUUCAACGGUCGAUACUAUUCUAUCGCAACGUCCACAUUAUAUUAAUGAUAAAUUAGUUUGUGUUCGACGACGUUUACCAGAAUUAAACCAAUAUCAAACACAUGAAUUAUUUUUAUAUGAUUAUAGUGGUAAAUUGUCAGAUUUGGCACUAAAAAAAUAUUUUCAAAAAUAUGGUACUGUUCAGUCAUUUACACAAAACAAAAAAAAAAAUUGUUCCUAUUUAACAUUUGUUAACAAGGAUGAAGAUAUUAUUGAUAGAAUUCUAUUAGAAUUAUCAAAUAACAAUAAUGAGUUUAAAGAAGAAUGUGAUAAUUUACGAUUGAAAUUGUACGAAUUAAUGACAACGGAUCAUUUAUUAGAAAAAUAUGAUCAGCUAAAAGAACAACAUAAAUGCAUCAAAGAAGAACUAGAACAAAAAACCAUCGAAUUAGAUAUGAUGAAAUUUCUCAAACAAUUAUAUCAUGAUAAUAACCAAGAAAAUUGUACAUUAAAGCAAGACUUAGAAAACUAUAAACAAUACUAUAUUCAGCUUAAGAAUACAAAUCAACGGUCACAUGAUGAAAACGAACGGUAUCAAGAUGAUAUCAAAAACUUGCAACAAAUAAAUCGACAAUUGUAUGAUGAACUUGAUAAAUUGAAACAAGAAACAUAUGAUUAUCAACAAAGAGAUUCUCAAAGUGUUAACGAAGAAUUUGAAAAAUUAAAACAGAAUUAUCAACAACUAUUGACUAUUCAUCAAAAAAGCGGAAUAAAAAGUCUACAACAAGAGAAUAAACAACUUUAUAAUGAAUUGAAACAAUUAAAAGAAACAGGUGAACAGCAAGAGCAGCAUCAUAAAGAAAAAUAUGAUGAAUUAAAGCAUGAUUAUGAUCAAGUGAUUAUAAACAGUCAAAAAUGUUUACAAAAUAAUCGUGAUAAGAUACAAUUGCUUCGUGAGAAACAAAACAACAUUCAAGAAGAAUUAAAUUUGAUCAAAGAACAAAGUUUAGAUCAAUUAAGGCAAUUACGAACAAUGACAUCAGCCUACGAACUAUCCACAGAAGUUGUCAAAUGGCUAAAUGACAAAAUUGCUGUUUUGGAACAAGAACGAGUUCAAUUUCGAGAACAAUUUGCAGAACUACAACAAUUGUAUCAGCUCGAUUCUCAUGAUUCCAUAAAUCUUCUCGAAAAUGAAGUUAUCUCACAGACAACAACAACAACACAUCACACUGUAGAACUACAUACUCCACUUUUACGGCAUUCCGAUAUUUAUGAUGACGAAAUCCAACAAGGACCACUAUUGAAAAAACCGAAACAAAGUCGUUCAACAAUAACCUCUGUUAUUGUUCAACAUCAACAAGAUGAUAAACUCGAAGAAAGAUGUUUAAGUGGACCGCAUACCCCACCAUUAUCACCAUGCACUUCGGUUAUUUCUGUGAAAAAUGUUAAACCAAGUUCGAAUAAAUUGCCAAAACUAAAAAGUUCAAAAUCAUCAAUAACAAUCACUCAUAAAUCAUGUAAACCAUUAAUAAUACCGGCAAGUCAUAAACAGUCAAAAUUAACAGGUGGAAAAGUUCGAUCGAAUAAAGUUCUUAAAAAACUUCGUCGGCGUCCAAUAGCGGUUAAAAGUUAUGACAAACCAAAAGUAUUGCAAGAAUUCUAUAAAUGGUAUUAUGAUAAUCCAUUUGGAAAAUGCGAUUUAAUUAAAGAGUUUCAAUUGUGUUUAUGUUUAUCAAAACAAGAUAAUAAAUAUGUACCAUUGAAAUAUAAUGGUAAGAGAACAAUCGAUGACUAUUGUCGAGAAUAUGGAAUUUACACAAAACAACCGAUUGAAAUGUGGCUAAUGGAACGUGGAGAAUUUCAACAAAACCAUAGUAUUGGACAAGAUCAUUGA